AUGCCUCCACCACUUGCAGACUCCGUUCUCGUGGGAGCUGUCAACCCCGUCGAGGGCAAGGUCGUCUCUGUGCCUGACCACCAGGCCAUCAACGAGAAAGUCCAUCUCGAGGUUGACCCAAGCGACAUUGAUAAAGAUGGUGUCAUUGAUACCAAGACCAAGGCUGUCGCCCCCGCCUACGACGGCGAUAGUCAUGAUGACACGGACGAGAACGGCAAAGACGUCAUCAUUAUCACUGGUUCUGAUGCCGCCCAGUACCUGCUGCCAUUGCGCGACGAUGGUGAGCCUGCCUUGACCUUCCGCAGUGUCUUCCUGGCCACUAUUCUCGCCGCUUUCCAGUCCGUCAUGAACCAGAUAUAUACCUUCAAACCAACGGCGGUCACGAUCUCGGGCACUUUCAUCGUACUCAUCGGCUAUUUCGUCGGCAACGCAUGGGCAGCGUUUCUGCCCCGCGGUGAUCGCUUUGAAGCACGAUGGAGACAGAAAGGUGGUCAAGGGGUGCCUCCUAGAUGGAUUCGGAUCAUCUCAUUCUUCAACCACGGACACUGGAACCUCAAGGAGCACGCGAUUUGUGCCAUCACUGCUACGUCUGCUUCCAAUGCUUCGGCUAGUAUUAUGGUAUUCGCAGCACAAGAUUUAUUCUAUGAUUUGCCAUUGAGUGCCACGACCGUCAUUCUCAGUACCAUUUCCAUUGGACUGUUUGGUUACGGUAUCUGUGGUAUUCUCCGCCCCAUCUGUGUCUGGCACGUUGACGCCGUCUACUGGAGCACUCUCCCUACGAUCAAAACACUACAAGGGCUUCAUUGGCAGGACGUGAAGAACUCCAAGCCUCUGAGAUUCUUUUGGUACAGUUUCGGGGGCAUGUUUUUCUACGAGUUCUUCCCCGCCUACAUGUGGCCAUGGCUCAACUCUAUAUCCAUUCCCUGCCUCGCUUCAAUGAAUGCGACAGGGGAGAAGGCCAGCGUACUUACGAACCUUUUCGGUGGCGCCACCAAUAACGAGGGAUUAGGACUGUUCAGUAUAACUUUAGACUGGCAAUACAUCACUUCGUUCAGCACAUCCCUACCUCUUUCUCUUCAAAUCCACUCGACACUAGGUUACUUUGUGUGCUUUAUUGCUAUGCUCGGCAUUUACUACACUAAUGGAUGGGACUCGAGGUCGCUGCCAUUUAUGUCCACACGACUUCUAACGGAUGAAGGUUCGAGAUACCCGGUUGCCAAAGUCUUCGUCGGUGGCGUUCUCGACGAGGAAGCUUUGGCUGAAUACGGUAUCCCUCGAUUGACAGGGAGUUUUGCGUUUGCUAUGUUCAUGGCAAAUGCUGCUAUUGGCGCCCUGAUUGCCCAUUGCAUACUCUUUUGGGGUGGAGAUGUCAUCAGGGCAUAUAAAAGUGCAAAACAGGGCAGAUUCGACGAUAGACACCAUGCUCACAUGGCCAAGCGCUACAAGGAGGCUCCUUGGUGGUGGUAUAUUGCUGUGCUCGUGUUCAGCUUCAUCCUCGGUCUCGUCACCGUCAUCAAGGAGAACAUCACCCUUCCGGCUUGGGCCUACGUCGUAUCGUUGUUGUUAGGAAUCGUCAUCGCGCCAUUUAGCACAAUCCUCUAUUCACGAUAUGGCAACGGUAUCGCCACGAACAACUUAUCAAAGAUGUUGGCCGGUCUAAUCCUUCCUGGCCGCCCCAUAGGUAACAUGUAUUUUGCAGCUUGGUCGCACAAUGUGAUCUCUAACUGUGUCAAUCUCUGCAAUGACUUGAAAAUGGGCGAAUACCUCAAAAUUCCUCCUCGAGUCAUGUUCCUAACUCAGAUAUACGGCACCAUCCUUGGUGGGUUCAUCAACUACGCUAUCAUGACCUCUAUUGUCAAUAGUCACCGAGAGCUCUUGGCUGAUACCAAUGGUAACUCUUCGUGGAGUGGAGCGACAAUGCAGUCCUACAAUACCAACGCCACUUCAUGGGCAUUGGCCAAGUACCUUUACAAGAGCGGUGCCAAGUAUGCCAUGGUACCCAUCGGUAUCGCCAUUGGUGCUGGUGCCGUCGCUGUGCACCGUGCCUUUGUAUAUUUCGUCCCAAAGAUCAGAGGCUUUUCGACCAACGAAAUUAACUUGCCACAAUUCAUUCAAUACGCCGGCUUUAUCCCAUACAACGCUUCACAAACCUGCGUUAUCUUCAGUCAAAUCAUCGCUGGUUUUUUCACACAAUUCUAUCUGCGCAACUACCGUCCCCGUAUUUUCAAGGAUUACAUGUACUUGAUCACCGGAGCGCUCGACGGUGCUGCACUUACUGCACUAUUCAUUUUAUCGUUCGCAGUCUUCGGCGCUGGCGGACCUUCUGUUACGUUUCCUACCUGGUGGGGAAACAACGCUGAUGGGAACUACGAUCUUUGCCCUACAGGCGAGUAG